AUGUUUGUUCUCCAGAUUGACGGUCGUGUGGCACCUCAACCAACUUUUUGGGAAUGGCCUCAACAUCUGCAGCUAAUUCCCAUCUUACCGAAAAUGAGAUUUGGUGGAGGGACCACUACGAUUUCCUCAAAGAAAAGGGCUACAAGCUACGGAGUCGCUACAGUCCGGAUUGGGUGCCCUCUUGGACGGACACAAACAACGCUCCCAUAAAUUGCGAGGAUGGAGUCAGGUCGCCACACUACCGCCUGCUGGAUGCCCAACGUACUUGCGAUGGCGUUCGGGUGUCACUGAAAACUAUAGUCGUAUCGCGACACCCUUAUGAGAUAGAGAUUGGUCGCUUUUUCUGCAGCCCACCUCUCAGCGGUGAUCCAGCCAACCAUUGCGUGCCGAUUUACGAUGUUCUGGAGGUGCCUACCGAGGAUGAUCUUGCAAUAGUUGUAAUGCCGUUGCUUCGAGAUGCUUCGGAUCCUUAUUUUGACACGGUCGGGGAAGUUGUAGAUUGCAUCCACCAGCUUUUUGAGGGGCUGCGCUUCAUGCACAAACAUCACGUUGCUCACCGGGACUGCAUGCAGAUGAACAUACUGAUGGAUGGCAGCAUGUUCAUAGAUGCAUGGCAUCCAAGUGACCACUAUAUGUCCGAGGACUACAAACGCGUGGCUCGGCAUUGUACACGCACGCAGUCUCCUCCACGAUACUACUACAUAGAUUUUGGUAUCUCCCGCAAAUAUGAGGCCUCAAAUACCAACCCAUUGGAACAACCCAUAUUUGGUGGAGAUAAAGAAGUGCCGGAGUUCAAAGAAGACAACUACAAACCUCGGAACCCUUUCCCAACUGAUGUUUGGUAUCUUGGGCAUGCUAUCCAAGAGAUAUUUCUUGACAAUUACUCAGGCGUAGAAUUCCUGAGUGGUUUAUUAUCGGACAUGAUGCACCCAGACCCAGCGCAACGUCCAAACAUGGACGAUGUUUUUUCUCGAUUCCAGGUUCUGCGCCAGGGCCUAAGUAAAUCGAGGUUGCGUUCCCGGGUGGCCCAUAGUGAUGAUAGUUCUCUUUGGGAUUUCCUAGCCUACUGGGCACGUCGCAUUCAAUACAUAGUACGCAGGAUCCCCCCAACGCAUACCUCGCUGUCAUAGAGCGGACUUCUUUGUAACCAGUCUCCUACAAUGCACGAGUUUUCUGCUCUGAAGUC